GCAGGGGGCGGGCCGUGCCCCUCGCUCGGCGCCAUGCUGAUCACGCUCUGCUACUUGUACCUCUGGGCGCGCUGGGGGGGGGCCCUGCCCGCGGGGCUCAUCCGCCGCACUGUGCGCAGGCUCCACCGCAGCCGCUGCUCCUUCACUUUCUCUUCCUCCUCCUCGCAGCCUCCGCCCAGCCGCCUCCCGCUCCUCAGGCAGCAAGGCUCUGCCUGCCUCCAGGAAGAGAGGGUUUAUCUCAGGGCUGGAGACAAGGUCUUCUUCACUGGGGAGACCGAGUUCCUUGAAGAUUUAAACAAAUGGACAUUGCUUAUUGUAUCACCUUUCAGUUAUUUAGACAAAAUAUUUGAAGCGGAACAUAUUGCAUUUGUGACAGAAAGUAUUUCUGCUCAAGCAGGUAGUUCACAGGCUGUAACGGGUUCAACAGAGAAGAUUGUGAAGUGGACAGACUACUGCUCACCUUUGGCCUUUAAAGGUGGAGAACCUUAUAUAUUGUUUGCUGAGGCCAGCAUAGAUAACUUCAGUAGCCUUGGAAUAGCAUUCAUGGAAGAUAGACUCCAAAUGGAUAAUGGAAUGGUUCCUCAAAAAAUUGUAUCUGUGCAGCUACAGAUGUCAACAUUGGAAGAAUUAGAUUCAGCAUCAAGUAUGAAAAAAGAAGGAAAUGCUACUCCGAUACCACAUGGGGAACAGACUCAAGAUCCUCCUGAGACAGCUGCUAAACCAGAAGUGGAAGCUGCUGAUUGUGCAGGAGGUGGUGAUCAGGAUAUACAAAAGGAAAAAAGCAAACUGCAGAAAGAAAAUGAAUAUCCUGAACAACUUGAGCAAGUAUCUGAAAAAGAAAUGGGUACUGGUGAACAUCAUCAUCUUCAUCUUUCCAGCUGCCAUGAGUGCUUGGAAUUGGAGACUAGCACAAUUGAGUCUGUUAAAUUUGCUUCUGCUGAAAACAUUCCAGAACUUCCUGAUGAUUACAGUGGCAGUUUAGAAGGUGUUAACACUGAUUGUCUUACAAAAUAUCUGAAAAGAAUAAACCUUACUGGGAAGCCUCCUAAUAUUUUAGUCUAUGUUGGUUCUGACCCUAAAAAAAAAUUUGAAGAAAUAAAAUCGAUCAUAAUGGAAUGUGUUGAUUUUAACUCUUAUACUGUCUACCAGUUGUUAGAAAAACACGUUUUGAGUGUUCCCUGGCUUGACAAUGCAUUACUGUUAAUCAUUGCUACGUCAGAGCCUAUCUCAGAUACAUUAUCUAAACAAUUUUUAACUUUCAUGUCAAAAGGUGGAAAAAUUUUGGGACUUUCUGCCUCUUUCACUUUUGGUGGUAUAUGUGUAAAGACAAAAAAUGAACUCAUUGACACAAUUCAAGCUUUUGUGUUUUCAAAUACUGAGAACAGUGAAAUAAAACUAAAUGUACUAAUUAGUGGAAAGGUUUUUGAGAAAGAAAUCAUGGACGAACUUAACUUUGUAAAGCCAUUAGGUUACUUGGACAGUCCAGAUAAAGAUAUGAUGAUCGUUUACCUGCCAUAUGGAAAUAAUGGAGGAGGAGCCAUACUCUGUCAGGUACAUUUAGAGGUCAGUGUCCAAAGUUUGUCUAGUCGAUCAAAGGAUGACUUCAAUUUGCUCAAUAAGCAAUGCCAAAGAUAUGAAGUUCUUACUAAAAUACUGACCCAGCUUGGCUUGAAUUGUGAAUUGAGUGAAGUUCCUGCAUUAACUCCUAUUUACCUCCUCUCUAUCAAUAAGGAAAUCCAUUGUUCUCUUUUGGAAUGGCUUAGCAGAAAUGUGAAUUCUGCAGGAUUAAUUACUUCUAGCAAAGUGUCCCUUAAAUUUGAAUCAUCUAGCAGCAUGGAAACAGAAAUAACGCCCUCACUCAUGCCAGUCGUCACUGAAAUGAAAGCUUUCUCAUCUGCAAAUUUCAGCCUUGACAGAUACAAGCAAAAUCUACAUACAAAGAACCUUGGAAAAGUGAUUCUGUUUGCUGAGGUUACAUCAACCACAAUGGAUCUUCUUGAUGGGUUGAUGUACAAGAUACCACAAGAAAUUGGUCUGAUAGCAAUUGCUGUUCAACAGACUCAAGGAAAAGGUCGUGGAGGAAAUACCUGGCUGAGUCCUGUGGGAGCUGCUUUAUCAACUAUUCAUAUCACCAUUCCUUUAUCUUCUCAACUGGGACAAAGAAUUCCAUUUAUUCAGCAUCUGGUUUCUUUAGCAGUUGUGGAGUCUGUUAGAUCCAUACCUGGGUAUCAGGAUAUUGAUCUUCGAGUGAAAUGGCCAAAUGAUAUUUACUACAGUGACGUUAUGAAGCUUGGUGGUGUUUUAGUGCAUUCCACACUAACAGGAAAUACAUUCCACAUACUUAUUGGCUGUGGAUUUAACGUGAAUAACAGCAACCCUACGAUAUGCAUCAAUGAUCUCAUUAUGGAGCACAAUAAGACAAAGAAUACAAAUUUAAAACCUUUAAGUGUCGACUGUCUAAUUGCAAGAAGUGUGACUGUGCUGGAAAAUCUGAUCAACACUUUUCAAGAAAAAGGACCUAAUGGCAUUCUGCCCUUAUAUUACAAGUACUGGGUGCACAGUGGUAAACAAGUCCAACUAGGAAGUGAUGACGGGCCAAUGGCGUGGAUUGUUGGAGUGGAUGAUUCUGGAUUCCUGCAAGUUCAUGAGGAAGGAAAAGACAUAGUAACUGUGCACCCAGAUGGCAAUUCUUUUGACAUGCUGAAAAAUCUUAUAAUUCCAAAGCGGCAGUAGUUGGUGAAACCACAAAGAUCUUUUUGUGUACAGCAUUUAGAGCUAUAAUACAUUGGUGGGGGACAGUGUAUCAAACUCAAGAUAGAAGCAGUGUACACCAAGCAAAACACUGAGCUUUGCAUUAUUUAAUUGUCCAGAGUCCACUAUUUAACAGCUCAGGAUUUGGGGCUUUUCAUAAAGUUGAAUUUCAUUUUUUUCUCAGAAUCAGUUCCAUCACCACUCCUCUCCCACCCCCCACCCCUAAUCAGUGCUUAAAAUAGACUUUAGCUUUUUAGAAAGAGCUUUGAAGCAGGUCUGUUUCACUGUAGUUUAUUACAGUUUUCUUUUGCUUGGAUAUUUCACAAAGUGCACUGCCUACAAGUAGAGUUAACACACGCACAGAAUCAGAAACAUUUGUGUUUACCUCUUUGACAGUUCCUCUCUCUUACUAUAUGCCAGAGCAGACUACUGUUUUGUAUAGAUAUGAGAGCACUUUCCUGUACAUUAUAUGUCCUUGCCAUGUACAAAGGGAGACAUCAUUUUCACCAGAUUCCUUACUUCUCCCCAACCACUACAGAUUGCAGCCACUCACUUCACCCUUUGUUAAGAUGAGCAAGUAGAUCAAUGCUAAAUUUGUAUGUACACUGUCUGACUCUGGCUCUGUGUAUAUUCAAGCUUGUGUGCAAUGAUGAUGUCCAGGCAGUUUCUCAGCCAAGCAAUACUAUAUGGGGCAGGCAGCAGGUUGGAAUGAUCACUGUACCUGAGUCCCAAAUAUGUUAAUGAUUCUCUCUGCCAAUGAGAAUCAUGAAUGGUAAGCAAAAACCAGCAUAGUUAUAUUGCUUUGGUUUGUGAGUCUUGGGAGUCUCUUGUUGUUUUCAAGUUUUUCUUUUUCAAACUGAUCGAUUGGAGGAGUGGGGGCAUUCAUGAAGAUGUGCCAUUGUCAUUCAUUUUUAACUUUCUCCCUCCCACCCCUACCCCCAAAAGUCAGGUUUUCACUGUUUUUUCACUUCUUUCAAUUCAUGUGUUCAAGACCUUAAACCUCUGUAUGCCUUGUUUUGCCCUUUUUUGGGCAUGUGUUACGGUUGCAAGAGAGAGAGAGAGAACCUAAAAGAGUAGUUUUAUGGUGUUGGCCAAAGAUUCCUCCCCGCCCCCACUAUCCAUGGUGAGCACCAGAUAACGUUAAGUAAACUCAAAGUUCUUUCAUAUUCUGUAAUUUCAUAAUCUCAUCUAGUUUGAAUAGUCAAGUCUCUUGAACACCACUAAUAAUUUAAUAAUGAAAUGCCAAAUAAAAAUGGAACUCAGAAUAUACGUGGCCACUUGCAGCGUUUUCCACCAUAGCACUUGUCUAUUCUUCUAGGCUUUGCAACUUAGCCUAAGCGAACUCUUGCAACCCUCUUCACCCAGGCUGUAGUCUGAAAUUAAUUUCUCCUUUUCAGGGAGCUGUAGGUAACCUGACCUCUUAAUGAGAGCUGCCAUGGGUUCGAACAGAUUCCCUCAUGUUCAGUUAAAAAAGUGCAUGCCUGACUUAUAGCCGGAAGCUAGGUUUUGUAGGCUAAAAGUUCACUUCAUAAAGAAUUGGAAAAUAUGUUCAUUGGCUCAGAUAUAAAUCCAAGAAGUCUUAAAGAAAGCAAAGAAGUUGUCUUGUAAUGGUGGAUUAGCAUAAUCCUCCAUAUUGGUGAUUUGGUAGUUUGACUAUAAAUUAAUGGAGAUUAAGUUAUCCAGUCAUUAACGGUGAGGAUUUUAAUUUCUGUUGUGUGAUGUUUCCCACACAGUGGCAUCCUUAAAUGUUUCUUGGUUAAUCAGCAAACAAUAAAAAAAAAAUUAAGUUUACUUUUUUAAAAAGCUGAGUUAAAUUAUUAGUAGCUAUUUGCAAAUGUUUGGAAGACUGGAAGUUCAGACCUCCUUUUCAUUUGUAAAUGUUAUUAUUUAUUUUUUAACUCAGGUGAUUCUUAAACCUGAACUAGUAUAAUGAAACAUAUGGUCCCUCCAGCAAUAUAUUUUAAUUUUUAAAAAUCACGUUGUGACUGUUCUAUCCUUUUAUCUUGCCUCACCACUUUUAAGUGUGUAUUUUGUGCUAUUACUUGUUAGCUAAAGAAUUAAUAGGGCUAAGCUUCUUUUUGGAGCAGACAGUCCAUUGCUCAGUCUGACCUUCUGGCCCAAGUAGCCAAACAGUCUGUUCCUCGGUGUCUCUCUCAUGCCUCCAAACAUGUCCUGACUGAAAGAUAUAAGCCUUUAUUAUUAUACGUCUAGGACAAUUCCAGAAAAGCAUGACUGUCCUUUCUGACUUUCCUCCCCUCUCUGGGUGCCAUAUUUUAUUACUGAAGCAUAGAACAUAGGGAAGUGCCUUGUCAUGUAUUCAAAUAUUAAAAUAUAAAGGAGGACAAGUCUUGCUAAGAACUUUUGGCUUGUCCAAAGGGAAAACUUUGCUUCACUGAUAGUUAAGAAUUCUAAAAGAUUAUAAGUCUCUCAUCACAGGGCACUACAAAAUCUAUAAUCAAAGGAUAAACAAACGUAUUCUUUUUAUAGAUCAGCAACCAAAAAAACAGGAAGCAGAAGAUAAGAAUAUAUCUAUUUCCAAACUGGAAUGUGUUUUAGUUUGUCAUAAAUGCUAGCCAAAUUUUGUGCUAUUCAGGAGGGUAAAAUUCCAAUUCUGGGCAGGCUAUAAAGUGCUCCAAAGGAUAUUUUCAAAUUGAGUGACAGAAUAGGAGCUCAAAUUAACUUCAGUGGGACAAAAGAUCCCACUGAAAAUGAUAUAUGUGCUGUGGAGCUAUCUUAUUAAUUUUGACUAAUGGAUCUGUUAACUAAUUAAAAUUUUGCAAAUUUACACAUGUUCUAACUAUAACAUAUUUGUGGUUUCUCUGGGGUGAUGCCCAUGUUACAACAGGCACCAUUACGAGGUAUUCCUGCCACUAGUGAUGGAAAAUGCUCCUUCUAAGAUGGCAUUUGUAACAUAUAUGUAACAUAUAAAAGCAUUACUUUUUUUAAAAAAACUGUUUAAUCAGGAUGCCUUUUUAGUUUAUCAGGAUGAUUUCAACUACAGAUUGAGUCUCCCCUAUCUGGUAUUCGGAAAUAUUCCAAAAUUGUCCACAUGAGUGGCUGAGAUAGUGACAUCUUUGCUGAUUGUUCAGUAUACACAAACUUUGUAUCAUGGACAAAAAUAUUCAAAAUAUUGUAUAUAAAGUGUACACAGAACAUAAAUGACUUCCAUGUUUAGACCUGGAUCUCAUUUCCAAGAUAUCUUAUUUAUUAUAAGUAAAUAUUCCAAAAUCCAAAAAACCUCUGACAUCCAAAACACUUCUGGUCCCAAGCAUUUUGGAUACGGGAGUGUCAGCCUGUAUUAAUAUAAGCAAUUAGUCAAGUUAACUCUGCAGCACAGUUUAACUGUAACAACACAGACUUUGGGGCCUGAGUAGAAGGUGUUGAGGCAAUUAAAAGGGCAAAUUAGUUGGUAUUAGGCAUUUUGAGGAAGGAAACAGGAAUGCCUGUUAUAUAAGUCUAUGGCAUAUCCAUAUGUAGACUACUGUUUAUACUGUAGUUCUGUUCAUCUUUUCAUAGAUUUUCAGAAGAUACAAAUAAGGGCUAAUAAAAUUUUGGGAGUUGAGAUAUUUUCCAUACAAAGAAGAGUUAAGCAUGUUGCAAGACAUGAACUUAGGGAAAAGAUGACCAAGGUAUGUCACCAUGGAAUAGAAGGUACAGAGAUAUAGAGCAAGCUUUGGCUUUCAUAGCUAACAGUCCAUCUGUUCAAUUGGGCAUUUGCUAGUUGACUGAUGUUUUUCUGAUAUUACUAGAAUUUUUGUACUGUUGCUUUUUAUAUAUAUGCACUAUAGUUAUUGGUUAUAUAUUUUAUUCUAGCAUGGAGUUCUGAAAUCUGCAAUUAAUAUUGAAAAUUGAGCUAGAAAUGUAUGUAAACAAAUAAAACAUUUGAUUUUCAUACCUGGAGAAUAAAAAAUGCAAUAGUUUGAAAAACUA